AUGGCGGCGACCAAAAGGAAACGGCGUGGAGGCCUGGCGGUUCAGGCGAAAAAGUUGAAAAGAGACGCGAAAGAUGGCAAGCUGCCGACUAAGCCGAACGACGUAUCAGAGGAGGCGGCAGAAGAAGAGAAAGAUCGUAUCCCAGGCCCAGUUUGCAAGAAGAAGGGAAAGUGGAAAAAUAAGGAACGGAUUCUCAUCUUUUCUUCUAGAGGAAUAAAUUUCAGAACAAGACAUUUAAUGCAAGACUUGAGAAUGUUGAUGCCUCAUUCUAAAGCAGAUACUAAAAUGGAUCGUAAAGAUAAGUUAUUUGUGAUUAAUGAGGUUUGUGAAAUGAAAAACUGCAAUAAAUGUAUCUAUUUUGAAGCUAAAAAAAAACAAGAUCUCUAUAUGUGGCUUUCAAAUUCACCUCAUGGACCAUCUGCUAAAUUCCUUGUUCAAAAUAUUCAUACCCUAGCUGAGCUAAAGAUGACUGGAAACUGUUUAAAAGGUUCUCGGCCCCUCUUGUCUUUUGACCCUGCUUUUGAUGAAUUGCCACAUUAUGCUUUGUUAAAAGAACUCUUAAUUCAGAUCUUCAGUACACCACGGUAUCAUCCCAAAAGCCAGCCAUUUGUGGACCAUGUGUUUACAUUUACCAUUUUGGAUAAUAGGAUAUGGUUUCGGAACUUUCAGAUCAUUGAAGAAGAUGCUGCUCUUGUAGAAAUAGGACCCCGUUUUGUCUUAAAUCUUAUAAAGAUUUUCCAGGGAAGUUUUGGAGGACCAACUUUGUAUGAAAAUCCUCACUACCAGUCACCAAACAUGCAUCGGCGUGUCAUAAGAUCCAUCACAGCUGCAAAAUACAGAGAGAAACAGCAAGUGAAAGAUGUGCAGAAGCUGAGAAAGAAAGAACCAAAGACUAUUCUUCCCCAUGAUCCCACUGCAGAUGUUUUUGUUACACCCGCUGACGAAAAGCCGGUAGAAAUACAGUGGGUGAAACCAGAGCCAAAAGUCGAUUUGAAAGCCAGAAAGAAAAGGAUUUACAAAAGACAAAGAAAGAUGAAACAGAAGAUGAGCAGUGGGAAUGCAAAAUGAAUCAAUGGAGAACUAAUUUGACUUCAGUUGUUUUAUAUUUAUUUUGUGUUCAAUGUGUAAAUACUUUUGUUAUCUGCGAUGACCUUACAUCUAAUUAGUGUGACAUUUAAAAGAAAAAACUUAAGAUUUUGUGACUUUGGUCUGGGUGGGUCUAUGUUUUUCUAAAUAAAAUAUCACCAGAACUCA